AUGUGGUGGUUUGUUGUAAUAGCAUGUCUAAUACAAGCAACUGUAUACUCAGAAGAACUCACCAGGGGUGGAAAAGAUGGGAAUCCUGAAGUUCAUAUGAAUGUUAGUCAGGUGAUUUCCUUCCGAGGAUACCCCAGUGAGGAGUAUGAAGUCUUGACAGAUGAUGCUUAUUAUUUGACAAUAAACAGAAUUCCCUAUGGAAGAAAAAAUCUUAAAUUUGGAGGCCCAAAGCCUGUAGUGCUACUCCAACAUGGAAUAUUUGCCGAAAGUAGCUAUUGGGUUGAAAAUAUGGUGGACAACAGCUUUGGUUUCAUAUUGGCUGAUGCUGGCUAUGAUGUUUGGCUAGGAAACAGCAGAGGAUCAAGCUGGUCUCAGAGACACCAUAAUUUCUCAAUUGACCAAGAAGAAUACUGGGAUUUCAGUUUCCACGAAAUGGCAAUGUAUGACCUUCCAGCAACAAUCAACUUUAUUCUACAGAAAACUCAGCAGAAGCAAUUGUACUAUGUUGGCUAUUCUCAAGGUGCUUCUAUUGGUUUCAUAGCAUUUUCCACCAUGCCAGAGUUGUCUCGAAAAAUCAAAACGUUUUUUGCCUUGGCACCAGUGGUUUCUCUUAAGCAUGCUCCAAGCCCUCCAUUAAAGCUAUUGCUCUCCCUUUCUGAAAACUCCAUCAAGGGCUUAUUUGACACCAAAAACGUGGCUGUUUGGAGCAAGCCAGUAAGAAAUGUUAUCAUAAAGUUAUGCAGCAAUCCAUUCAUGAGGAACAUCUAUGCCCAUUUUAUGUUUUCUUCAGGUGGAUUCAAUGCCACAAAUCUCAAUAUGAGUCGCAUGGAUGUAUACGCAGCUCGAUUUCCAGAUGGUAACUCGGUUAAAAAUGUUAUACACUGGCAUCAGGUGGGAACGUCACACUUAUUCAGAUAUUUUGACUAUGGGAAUGAGAAUCAAGCAAAAUAUAACCAGGCCUCUCCUCCUUUAUAUAAAAUUGAAGACAUGAUGGUGCCAACUGCAGUAUGGUCUGGAGGAAACGAUUUGGUGGCAGACCCAGAAGAUAUGAAGAUUUUACUACCUCGGAUCAGGAAACUUGUUUACCAUCAUCAUGUUUCUGAUUGGAACCAUUGGGAUUUUGUCUGGGGUCUCAAUGCUCCCCAGCGCAUGUACUCUAAAAUCAUCAGGUUCAUGAGAAAGUUUUUAUUUUGA